GCAGUAUUCCAGACUCCUCAUUGAUGCUUUGGAACGUGUGCGUCUGCCCAGCUCCCUCCGGACUUUGGAGCGGGUGAAUCUUCCAGAUGGCCUUCACCAUUUGGCCUUUGGCUUUCGAUUUAAUCAAGGCUUGGAACAUGUGACUCUUCCAAAUCGCUUGCAAAGCCUCACCUUUGGACACAACUUCAAUCAAGACCUUGGGCAUGUACGACUUCCACCUGCAUUGAAGACGCUGACCUUUGGACACGAUUUUGCUCAACCUCUGACGAACGUACACCUACCAAGCAGCCUGGAGAGUCUCAUCUUUGGCCACGAGUUCAAUCACAGCUUGGAGGCUGUGACUGGGCGCCCAACGACUGAGCAGGGUUGUUUCCGAACUGUCGCGUUCUAA